AUGAAACAAAGCAAAACUUCAGAGUUUGUUGAAAAAGUAACCAAAUUACAAUAUAUGUUUGGCUUACCUUACGUGUGGGUAGAUGAUACAAAGCCAAAAUAUUUUCAACACUUCAAUAAAAUUUUCACGUUUUUCGCAAUUUCUUUCGUAAUUUCUGACUAUGUGUCGUUUUUCACCCAAAAUCACUUGACUGAGAAGCAGAAAACAGACCGAACCUUAUUCACGCUUAGUCACACAAUUCUUAUUUUGUACUGUUUCGUUUUUGAGUAUUAUAAGGAAGAUAUUAAAAAGUUAUAUAUAGUGGCUGUCAGUUUGAAGACACAUCACAACGAUUUGGCGAUUGAGAAGAAAAUGAUAAGAAAGGCUAAAAUGUACUUGGCAUCUUUUGGUUCAAUCCUCUGUUAUGCUUUAACUUCUUAUGCGGUUGAUGGUACUAUGCAAGUAUUAAAAGCAAAUAGCACCUUCACGCCGGUAAUUACGGCAUGGCCAGAUGUAACACAGAACGGUCUUUGGCCUGACGUGUUCAGGGUAGUAGCCUAUUUCGUGCUGUGGAUCUUUAUGUUAAAAGUGUAUGCUGUUCAUGUGUUCGUGUUUUCCAUCACGGUCAUUCUCAGCCAUCAAUAUACGAACUUGCAAAGUUACUUCUAUAGCCUUGACGAUAUUUUUAAAAACGCUUGUUCUGAAGAAGAGAAAGUUAAGGAAUAUGAAAAGUCUUUAAAACUUGGUCUUUGGAUGCAUGCUGAGACACUAUGGUGCGUAGAAGAGUGUCAGAGAAUAAAUACUUGGGUGUUUAACGGACAAACGACAUUCAGUUUCACAAUAAUAUGUCUGGAACUUUUACAAAUGGCGAAUUCAACCAGUGUGAUGAACGCUCUUUCGAACGUUUCUAGCGGCCUCGCAGUGUUAUUGAGUAAUGGUUUCUUCAUGUGCAACGCUGGUGAUAUUACUACUGAGGCGGCGUCUUUACCAUCAGCAAUUUUCGCGUCGGGCUGGCAUCAUUGCUCCGGCUGUUCCUCUGCACGCAUUAGGAAGCUGAUCAUGCUUGCACUCGCUCAAAGCCAGAAACCAGUCGUAAUUCGCAGUUUCUACGUUAUUGAAUUUUCAUAUGAAACUUUCGUUUCAUUAUUGAAAGCUUCGUAUUCGCUUUUCUCAAUUUUAUAUUAA